AUGGCAAAGCUAAUGUCUUCAUCAAACUUCUUAUUUUUCUCUCUAGCACUAUUAAUCACAGUCUCCUCCAUACCAAAUUUCGCUUCUGCUUCUUUGAAGGAAGUCAAGGCUCUUCUGAAAUGGAAAGAAAGCCUUCAAAUCCCAAACAACUCCUUACUCUCUUCAUGGAUUCCCCUCCCUAUGAAUUCCAGUGCAUCAGUUCCAUGCACUUCUUGGUUUGGAGUAGUUUGCAAUGAUGAUGGGAGCAUUCAGAAGUUGAACCUUAGUUCAUCUGGAUUAAAAGGUACACUCCACCAAUUUCCAUUCUCUUUGCUACACAAUCUUACACAUUUUGAUCUCGGUAUGAACAACUUCUUUGGCCCCAUUCCACCAGAAAUCCGACACCUGUCGAAACUUGUCUAUCUUGAUUUUUCAGUGAAUAAGUUUUCUGGAGUUAUCCCACCUGAAAUUGGAAACCUGUACCAGUUAACCAUCUUCUACCUAUACUAA